UCCACAAGACAAACCACCUCCAGCCUCCUCCUUCCCUCCAUAUCACCGACCUAACUGGCUUGCUUGCAGGUAAUUCACCAGGAGCUAGCUAGAUUACAUAUAUAACAUGGUGGAGUCCCGGGCGGCGGCUGUGCAGGAGCUCCGGGAGAGGUUCGCGGCGGGGCAGACGAGGCCGGCGGAGUGGCGGGCGGCGCAGCUGCGAGGGGUUCUGCGGAUGGCCACGGAGAUGGAGGCGGAGAUAUGCGACGCCCUCCACGCCGACCUCGGCAAGCCCAAGACCGAAGCACACGUCCACGAGCUAUCUCUGAUCAAGUCGUCGUGCUUGUUUGCCUUGAAGAAUCUCAAGAAAUGGAUGAAACCCCAGAAGGUUCCUGCAAAGCUCAUGAGUUUCCCCUCGACGGCGAGGAUUACGCCAGAGCCCCUCGGCCUCGUGCUCGUCAUCUCCGCCUGGAACUACCCUCUCUUGCUGUCCCUGGACCCGGUCAUCGGUGCGAUCGCCGCCGGCAACGCCGUUGCGCUGAAGCCGUCUGAGGGGGCACCAGCCAUGUCGUCGCUGCUGGCUGAGCUGCUGCCGCGGUUCGUCGACGGCACCUGCAUCAAGGUCAUCGAGGGCGGCGUCAAGGAGACCACCGCGCUCCUAAACCACAAGUGGGACAAAAUCUUCUACACAGGCAACAGUAGAGUCGGACGCGUCGUGAUGGCCGCAGCGGCGAAGCAUCUGACGCCGGUCGUCUUGGAGCUCGGCGGCAAAUGCCCGGUGGUUGUCGAUUCAAACGUCGAUCUCCACAUUGCUGCCAAGAGGAUCGCUGCUGGCAAGUGGGGUUGCAACAAUGGCCAGGCCUGCAUUGCUCCUGAUUUCAUCAUAACCACACAGGCUUUUGCCCCAAAGCUGCUCGAGUCUUUAAAGAAAGUUUUGGAGAAGUUCUACGGGAAGGAUCCACUGCUAUCAGCGGACUUGUCCCGCGUCGUGAAUGCCAGCCAUUUUGGCAGGCUCAAGGGCUUGAUGGACGAAGAGAUGGUCUCCGACAAGAUCGUGUUCGGCGGUCACAGGGAUGAACAGCAGCUGAAGAUCGCCCCUACAAUAUUCCUAGAUGUCCCUCUCGAUUCCGCCAUCAUGAAGGAGGAAAUAUUCGGGCCCUUGCUUCCGAUCAUCACGGUUGACAAGAUCCAUGAAAGCUUUGGUCUCAUCAACUCAAUGGCUAAGCCACUUGCAGCUUACCUCUUCACCAGGGACAGUGAGCUCCAGAACCAGUUCGAGGGGGCCAUUUCUGCAGGAGGAAUGCUCUUCAAUGACACCAGCAUACAUCUCACAAACCCAUACCUGCCAUUUGGAGGAGUUGGGGAGAGCGGCACAGGCUCCUACCAUGGGAAGUUCAGCUUUGAUGCUUUCAGCCACAGGAAGGCAGUCAUGAACCGAGGCUUCGCCGGGGAGGCCAGGGCUAGGUACCCGCCCUACUCGGCACCAAGGCUCAAGAUCCUCAAAGGAGUGCUUGAAGGCAAGCUGGGAGACAUGAUUCAGGCUAUCCUGGGGUUCCCAAGAGGGAAAUGAGCUCACCUCUUCAGGAUGGUUGGUUUACCCCAGCCGCUGCGCUCUGGUCUUGAUCGUCCAAGUGUGUGUGCUCCUGACAAUGCAACAAUUUCCUACAGAUCACAAAAAAGAUAAGACAAGCAACUCCAGAAGUAUACUGUAUUGAAGAGUUAAAAGUAACACAGCAGUAUCCGAGUACCUUGUCAUUCAGGCCCAUUCUGUAGAAUACUUCUCGCAAAUGUUCAGCAGGUGAAGACGGACCAGCAGCUGAAAGGGUGGCAAAAAAUAUAUGAUACCAUUAGCAUGGAUCAAAAAGAUACAAGUUUAGUUCAUAUUUUGGUUUCUAAAUGUCAACCUAAAUUACAUCACAGAGGAAACAUGAAUUAGCACUGGUAGAACUGAAAAACCAAACAUGAGAAAAUGUUGCGUUACUUGAGAAGGAAACUGGCUGUAAAAGAAAAGUUGCUUUAUUACAAAAGACAGCACGGUCAUGAUUCAAUCUUGCAAA